AUGUACAACAAGACUAAGCACAGGGAGAGAAAGCAUUUCUGCAUGCAUUGUCUCCAAUGUUUCAGCGCCGAAGAAGUACUCUCUAAGCAUAAGACUAAUUGUAUGGGAAUAAAUGGGGAACAAGCAAUUAGAAUGCCUCAAAAGGGCAAUAAUAUACUCCAGUUUCAGAACUAUCAUAAGCAGAUGUCUGCGCCCUUUUUUAUAUACCCUGAUAUUGAAGCUAUUACUGAGAAGGUACAAGGAUGCCAACCCUGGGUACCAGAGGUUUUUCCUCGCGUGCAACGGGGAGCUUCGUUUCGUCGGCCGCAAGCCGAAGACACGAGCGGCGAAGCCGCGAGAAAAAACCUCUAGCGCAGAGCGCCUUGAUUUACCGUGCUAGAUGGACCUUGACCUUGUCUCUAAUCUGUCAAUCAAAGCCGAGGUAUCAAGGGAGGAAAAACAAGGUGUAGAUUAAAAAUCAUUGCUAAUCUUGUCACCGUGCAGUUCUCCAUAAUUUAAGUAGCUUCAGUUUAAGGUGCAAUCUAUUCUUCGAAGUUUGGAUCUGAAAAUCACUAAAGGAGAAUUUAACAUCCUGCAGAACCUACUAACCAGCUGGGCCUAGGGUGAUAAAACAUUGCAGGAAACCUUCACAUUUACGGACAAAAGUAAAUCGCUUUUAGUUAUUCAGAUCCAGGAGGCCAUUGGAGAAAAUUAAACAACCUAAAAGUUUACUUAUCUGCAAGGAAGAAGUUUACGUUUUAUAACAAGACAAAGAGAAUGUUCUCGGCUCGCAUCAUAUGGCGAAUAAUGCCGACCAGAAAUAAACCGCAGAAAAUCAAUGCGUGUCACGAUCUCUCAGUAUGAAACAAGCGGUAAAAAUAAUGCACAUUUGCUCAGUCAUAAUCUACCCGCUGGAGAAAAAAUUCAUUGGAACAAGCAGCAUUAUGGCACGAGGUAAAUGUCGUGUGUUGCCCACCGACUCCACAUGCCGGUAGUAACUGGAACAGUAGUGAUUUUCCAUCUAGCCGGUCGGCAAGACCGCCAGUAUGUCUCUCCUUUGAAUAUAAUUUACAAUGCCCUCUCUUAGUUCCGCACAUAUUUCCUCCACACCAUCGAAUGUUCCGGUGACUUCGGCUAUUUGCCCUAUCUAAAUCUUCCGUACCUACAGGCAUCUGAUAUUUCCAAUUCUAAACGUACGUGAUGUGUGCUUGGAUUGUUUGGAUUUGAUCUUUAUCACCUUCAAACCACCCGCGUCCCGAUCACGCGCCUAUUGUGAUUGUAAUCCAAUCAGAGCAUAUGAAACAUUCGAUAUCUGCAAGGAACCAAUCAGCAAAACAUCCAGAUUCAGGAUGUUUUGGUAUAAGCGGGGUUGUAAUUGGCUGGGCGCUAUCAUGAGGGAUAGUGCUCUGGUCCAGAGGCUUCGCGCAGGUCACUUUUUAAGACUUGACCGAAACCGGAAACCGCGAGUGAAAAGCCUCUAGCACCCAGGGUAAAGGAUGUCAGCCAAGUGGUGCUAAAUCUUAUACCGACAAAUAUCAAAAGCACACUGGCUGCAGCUAUGGUUAUAAAGUAGUAUGCUGCUAA